AUGACCGCAAAGCCCGGUCUGAGGAGCCUCGCUGCAGUCUCUUACACAAGCCUCUCUCUCUCCUCUCCCUCCAAACCUCUCUCUCGCUCUCGCUCUCGCUCCCACUCUCUUAUCCAUUCCCCUCCAAAACGCAUCUCCACUCCAAACGCCCACCACCUGUUCGACAAAACUCCCCACAGAGACCCCUUCGAAUACACCCGCUUGCUCUUCCACUACACUCGCAAUGACCGCAACCAUGACGCCAUCAGCCUCUUCGUGGCCGCUUCCCGGGCCGGUUUACCCGUCAAUGGGCCCGUUCUGUCUUCCGUGGCCAAGGCCUGCGGGAGCUUGCGUGACCAAGUUGUGGGCAGACAGGUGCAUUGCCAGUGUGUCAAGUCCGGGCUCGGGGAAGACGUCAGUGUUGGGUCCUCAUUAGUGGACAUGUAUAUGAAGAGUAGCGAGGGUGUUGUGGAGGGGAGGAGAGUGUUUGAUGAGAUGAGGGAGAGAAAUGUGGUGUCAUGGACUUCGUUAAUUUCGGGCUAUGCGUGGAACGGGUGGAAUGAGCAGGCGUUGGAGCUGUUUACGGAGAUGCAGGCGAGUGGGAGCAUGGCGAAUCCGUUUGCGUAUGUGGCUGUGCUUGGAGUUUUGGCCGAUGAGGGGUCGGUUGGGAAGGGGGAGCAGGUCCAUGGCAUGGUUGUGAAGAAUGGUUAUGUGGCGAUCACGUUUGUGUGCAAUUCGUUGGUUAAUAUGUAUUUCAAGUCGGGGAUGGUUAGUGAGGCUAGAGCUGUUUUUGAUGGUAUGGAGUGUAGGGAUGAGGUUACAUGGAAUACCUUAAUUGCAGGAUAUGUGGGCAAUGGGCUUGAGUUGGAAGCUUUUGAAAUGUUUUAUCUGAUGGGGCUUGCAGGUGUUAAGUUUACACAACCGGUAUUUGUUACUGUUAUUAAGCUAUGUGCUAGCUAUGAAGAAUUGGGUUUUGCAAGACAGCUACAUUGCCGUGUUUUGAAGAGUGGGUUGGAGUCUCAUCGUAAUAUUGAAACAGCACUCCUGGUGGCUUACAGUAAGUGCAGGGAAAUGGACGAUGCUUUUAAUAUGUUCUCCAUGAUGCAGGGUGUUAAAAGUGUAGUAACUUGGACGGCCAUGAUCAGUGGGUACUUGCAGAAUGGUGGAACAGAGAAAGGAGUCAAGUUAUUCUGUGAAAUGAGCAGAGAAGGUGUUAGACAGAAUGAUUUUACGUAUUCUGUCAUCAUUAUGGCCCAUCCUUUUAUAUCUAUAUCCCAAGUACAGGCACAAGUCAUUAAAACCAAUUAUGAGAAGUCACCUUCUGUAGGAACUUCACUCAUAGACGCUUAUGUUAAGACCGGAAGUAUUCCUGAAGCUGAAAAAGUUUUCCAAACAAUUGACGAGAAGGAUAUUGUAGCAUGGUCUGCAAUGCUUGCUGGAUAUGCUCAAAUAGAAGACGCGGUGGGAGCUAUUAAAAUUUUUCUCCAGUUGACAAGAAAGGGGGUCAGACCUAAUGAGUUCACUUUAUCUAGUAUCAUUAAUGCUUGCGCUGGACCUUCGGCAACAGUGGAGCAGGGCAAACAAUUUCAUGCUUGCUCGAUCAAACUCAGGUUGAACAAUACUCUGUGUCUAAGUAGUGCUCUUGUCACCAUGUACGCAAAGAUGGGGAAUAUUGAAAGUGCAAAUGAAGUUUUCAAGAGACAAGGAGAGAGAGACUUAGUUUCCUGGAACUCUAUGAUCUCUGGAUAUGCACAACAUGGUCAGGGUAAUAAGGUUCUUGAAGUAUUUGAGGAGAUGCGUAGGCAAAAUUUGGAAAUAGAUGGGAUAACAUUCAUUCUCAUCAUCUCUGCCUGUACUCAUGCAGGCUUAGUAGAUGAAGGUAAAAGGUAUUUCAAAAUGAUGGUUCAAGAUUACCAUAUUGAUCCAACAAUGGGGCACUAUUCUUGUAUGGUUGAUCUGUACAGCCGAGCCGGAAAGCUUGAAAAAGCGAUGAAUCUUAUAAACAGCAUGCCCUGUACUGCAGAUGCAAAUGUGUGGAGAGCUCUCUUGGGUGCUUGCCGUGUUCACCGCAACUUAGAGCUCGGAAAACUCGCGGCAGAAAAGCUCAUUUCACUUCAGCCACAAGACUCUGCUGCUUAUGUUCUGUUGUCCAACAUUUAUGCUGCAGCUGGAAACUGGCAAGAGAGAGAUAAAGUGAGGAGGUUGAUGAAUGAAAGAAAAGUGAAAAAGCAACCUGGGUAUAGCUGGAUUGAGGUGAAGAACAAGACUUACAUAUUCUUGGCUGGUGAUGUUUCACAUCCCUUAUCAGACCAUAUAUACUCAAAACUUGACGAGUUAAAUAACCGAUUGAAGGAUAUGGGUUAUCAGCCUGAUACUGACUAUGUACUCCAUGAUGUUGAAGAGGAACACAAAGCAGCCUUUCUUUAUCAACACAGUGAGAGGCUAGCCAUUGCUUUUGGAUUGAUUGCCAAACCUCCAAGAUCUCCUAUCCAGAUUUUGAAAAAUCUUAGGGUAUGUGGAGACUGUCACACUGUUAUUAAAUUAAUUUCGGUGAUAGAAGCGAGAGAUAUUGUUGUCAGAGAUUCAAACCGAUACCACCACUUCAAGAAUGGUUUAUGCUCUUGUGGAGAUUAUUGGUGAGACCCCAUGUAUGAUAAGGCUUUUAACAGUAAGUUUGGGAGGGUUUCAGAUUCAAGUCAUUAAAAGUUAAAAUCACCUUCAAACAAAGAAGCUGCAUGACUUCUAAGUGAUACAAAAAUUUCAUCAGUGGAAGACACAGAUUGUAGCAUGAGAAGUUUAUUCUUCACUUACUAUGGAAACUUCAGUCAUGUCACCAAUUAGCAGCUGUAUUUAGAUUUAUGUGGUGUGCGAGAACCCAAUGGUACAGAAGAUCUGUAUACCAAGGUGAGAUGACUAGAUCGUCUCAUGGACUGGGAUAAUCUCGUUGGCGACAAUUUAUCUCCAAUGGUGUAGUUGGUUGGUUCAUCUAGUCUGGAGUUAUGUGCCUGCAUUCCUAUUUGCAAGGCCUGUGAUAGUACCAAUUAACAAUCUCGUGGAAAAUACAUUCUGGGUAUUAUUGUGCUACCUUUGCUCCUCGUUCUUGGUUGGACCAUGAGUCAGGAAAUUUUCACCGCUACCACUCCUGUUGGUGAGACAUUAUGGCUGCUGGACUCCAGGUAGGUCGGUACGAUUUCAAUGUUGCUGCAACUGCAGAUACAUGUGGACAAGACAUCGAGGUGCCAGAAAUGAUAUUAUAAUUGACGGACCUUUCUGCUGUGGCUGUAGUUGCGACCGGAGACCAUGCUGCUAAGAUAUUUACCCCAGGUCCUGUAAUAUCUGGCUGCAGUACAAAUUUGCAUGUUUGGAUGUAACUAUUUUUGUAUUAUAACUAUUUUGAAACUUAUAACUAUUUUGUAUUAUUGAGAAGAUAAAUGAAAACAUUGACAGAACUAACUUUGAUGAUGUCUGGGGUUAUGAUAUUUGGCCCCAUGGAAGAGAACACUGCCAUUUCUGGUGCAGGUUUAGUUUUCAGUAUUGUAGUCGUUUGUGAUAUU